AUGCAAUAAAAACUUUCGAGAGCCUAAUUGAUUGCGCAUUAUCGAUAAAAGCCUAUUGAAUAAAUGCCUGAAACCUUCAAGGCAUUAUGUCAAUAGUACCCACAGGCUUUUAAAGCUCUGAGUCAAAAUCCCUAUUAGGCUCGUCCAAUACGUGGUUUCAAUCAAGAAAUUCUCGUGUAUUCAAGCAAUUGCGCAACUCCUCUCAAAACUGCUGGCAUAUACUCGAGUGGAGGCGGAGAUUUAUUUCGAUUUGAUGAACAAUAAAUUCUCACUCCCCAACCCAAACAAUCCAAUACUUUCGAUUGGAGCUAGCAAUAAUUACAGAGCAUAAAAAAGGAAAUAGUAUUUAGUAGGAGUGUUGCUGGAUAGGCCAAUCAUUUGCUUUCAAAAAUAUGGUAUUAUGUGGAUGAUUACUCGAAAGUGCAGGGUAUAAAUUUGUUCCUAGAUUUAGGUCCUUUCAGUUCAAUCUAAAUGGACAAUUGGUAUCUGAAAGGUUAUUUUGAUGACAUUUUAAGAAUAGGAUUUAAGCCUGAAAAUUCGGAAUGUUUUAUAAGAAUAUAUUAAUUGAAAACUUAAAAAUAAUCCAAAAAUAUUCUGAAGUUCCUAAGGAAAGGCUCUUGUCCUCCUGCUUUAACUGCAUCAUAAGAGACAGCAACUCAAUUAAAACAGACUGUUCAAUAAUAGAAAUAGGAUUUACAAUAAUAGAUAGAACUGUAAAAUUAAGACAAUGCUCCUACUAUAAGAGUGCCUACUUUGAGAAAAAAAAAGUGA